AUGAUGAGAACUGAAGGCCAGAGCGAACGCGCCUUAACUGCAGUGAAGGAUACACUCGAUGACAUCAAAAGCCGUCCUCAUCGCCAGCAGGUUAUUAUAGGUGUAGGAUCAGGACUACUUGCAGGUUAUAUAUUCGCUAAAAUCGGCAGGGUUGCUGCUCUUCUUUUGGGUGGAAGUCUGAUUGCCUUGCAAUGCGCCGUCCAACAAGACGUUAUACGUAUCAAUUGGAGAAAAGUGGAACGUGCUGGUCACCAAAUACAGUCAAACACACCUGUCAUCUUCGAAGGCAAGCGUGCGUCGAAAAAUAAAAUUAUUAAAACAAUUGAAGAGAAUCGUGUAUUUUUCGGUUCAUUCGGUGGAGGGUUUCUAAUUGCUAUUUCAUUUGCUUAGUUUAAUCCCUAUCUAUUUAAAAGAUCUUUUUGGUGUGUGUUGUUAAGCUUCAUUUGUUUGUAUUUAAUAAUCUAAGUUUGUCAAAUAUUGCUGUAUCAACACAUAUCUUUGUGUCUGUAAAUAAAGUACAUAUUCCCCAUUUCUCUCUCUCUCUCUCUCUCUAUAUAUAUAUAUAUAUAUAUAU